UGAUGCCUGGUAUGAUUCAUAGCAAACCUACUUAUCUUCCACCGAAUCAUCAUAUUUUCUGAUCUCAGAAAUUAAACCAAUCUCGGGUCAAAAUGUCUCAUCUCGAACACCCACCUCAUGGAGGACAUGGCCAUGGUGAAGGGCAUCCGGGGCCAGGAGGGCAUGGUCAUGGUGAAGGGCAGCCGGGGCCAGGAGGCCCAGGAGGGCAUGGUCCUGGAGGGGGACAUCAAGAUGGGCAUGGGCAUGGUCCUAAAGGAGAAGGGCAUCAUGGAGGAGGCCCCGGCCAUGAAGGGGGUGGACAUCGUGAGGAUCAGCACGGCCAUGGUGGAGGAGGAGGGCAUGAAGGUGGUGGUCAUGGUCAUGGCGGUGGGCAUGGCCCCCAUUAAAGAUAUCAGAUCAGCUUCCUCCUCACGGAAGUUGAUCGCCAAUGUCUACGUAUAAUUAAUGUUAGAGAAUAAGGUGCUCUCUGUGCAGUGUAGACAGAAAGCUCUAAAAAGUAAUAUAUAAGUUGUAUUUGUGGAGUGAGAGGCCAUAGGAUAUGUGCUCGAUCAUGUUAUGUAUGUUUCCCAGUUCAUGAGGUUCUACAUCUCUACUACUCAGUCCUCCCACAUUAAUAUAUACGUCUUACUACUAAAUGUGCAAGUUAUACCAAUAAAGGAGCCUUUUUUUUUCUUUAA